CCUAUCAAUUGGUGCUUUCAUCCAUGUACUCAAAUCCUCCUAUGAAUUAUGCUUAUCAUACACCUUCAUCUCAUCAAUGGAGCAUUCCUCCAACCUAUUCCACACCCACACCAACACCUUCAUUUCCAUCAUUCCCAUGGGAACUCUUCACACCUUACUACACUCAUGGAUCUUCAUCACCAAAAUUUUAUCUAAAUCAUGGAUAUUCACCUCAUACACCUACCUCAUAUCCACCACCACCUAACUCAUAUUCAUCAUCUCAUUAUCCAUUCUACUACAAUAAUCAUCAUCAACCACUGCAACCAACAAAAACCUAUCACACAUUUAAAAAAGAUUUUGAGAAGCAUUUACAAGUGUCUCAUCCUUGUUUUAAGAAAAGAUAAAAAAAAACCUCUCAAAAAGUCCAGCUCUGCAACUAUUUGGAACAUGAUGUUGGGAAUAGGAAUCUUAAACAUAAACACAAACACCGAGAGAGUACUCAGUUAUUUCUGUCCAUUCCUUCUUCCCAUAUUGUUCCCGUGUGUUUUGAAGUUGUUGAAAAUGUCGCAGCCAGAACAGCAUUCAAAGUCCUUCAAAUCGAUGCAAAGUUCGGUUUCCUCAGCUCCGCGCGCACCAUCCUCGAUCUCUCUUAUAACAAGAACUUAGAAGAAUUCCAGAAAACUGAAGAAACAGACUCAGUGAGAGAGAUCUCACCAUUGGACCCACCACCGACGUCAAUCUUUAAAGAACCACCGAUACUUCCGCCACAUCGCGCCGCUCUCUCCGCCGUCGUCAACAGGUUCGACGAUUCCUUGGUUCCUAGGUCUAACGUUUCUUCUAUAGAUGUCAAAAGAAAUCCUUUCUCCGAUGAGAAUCUUCUUCGUGUCAUUGAAUCGGAAUCCUCCCAAACAUUGCCUCGUCAUUUCCCUCGUCAGCCGCCACAACAACCCUCUAAGGGCAACUUUGUCUACCAUCCCAAUCGCAUCAAUGACACCGCCGUUUCAAAACCCUCUAACCCAUUUAUAGUUUCUCCAGAUCCCCUCUGGAAAACCGCAAACAAGGCUCGCAGCGGAGCUAUUCCGUUUUCAACCUUCGGCGAGGAAGGAGAAUCCGACCGUGACAAACUCGAAGAACCCAACAGAGCCACCAAAUCUGACGGUGUAGGUCCCUCAAACGGAUGGCUGCCACUUGAACAAAAGGGUUGGGAACUUGAGUGCAAAGUGUUGGAGGAGGCUGUGUUAGCAGCAAAAGGUGAAGCUUCUGAUGAGAAUUUAGUGAGGCUGUUGGAAUUGAUUCAUGGUUAUGAUUCUUUUCGAGAGGGGCAGCUUGAGGCUAUCAAUAAUGUUCUCGCUGGGAAGUCUACUAUGCUUAUUUUGCCCACUGGUGCAGGGAAGUCGUUGUGUUAUCAGUUGUGUGCGUUGAUUUUGCCCGGGAUUACGCUUGUUGUUAGUCCGUUGAUAGCUUUGAUGAUUGAUUAGCUUAAGCAAUUGCCUCCACUCAUUUCGGGCACUCUUCUAAGUAGUGCGCAAACGCUUGAAGAAUCAUCGGAAACGCUCUGUCAGCUUCGGCAAGGCACAGUAAAGGUGUUUUUUGUUUCACCCGAACGGUUUUUGAAUACAGAGUUUUUGUCUGCUAUCUCUGCUGGGUCAGCCGUCUCACUCGUUGUUAUUGAUGAAGCACAUUGUAUAUCUGAAUGGUCUCACAAUUUCCAACCUUCAUUCAUGAGACUUAGAGCAUCACUACUUCAUAGAAGUCUUAAUGUAGGUUCUGUUCUCGCAAUGACAGCUACUGCUACAACCACAACUUUAGAUUCCAUCAUGCCUGCCCUAGAUAUUCCUUUCUCGAAUCUUAUUCAGAAUGCACACUUAAGGGACAAUUUGUGUUUAUCCGUGUCUUUAAUAGAAAAUAGAAUCAAAUACCUACUGGUUCUGAUCAAGUCUCCUCCUUUCACGGAAGUUAAAAGCAUCAUAGUGUACUACAAAUUUCAGUCUGAAACUGAUCAAAUUAGCAGAUACUUGAAUGAUAACAAUAUCUCGGCAAAGAGUUAUCAUAGUGGUAUUUUUGCAAAGGAUUUGGUUAAGAAGUACCAUAUGAAUACUUUUGUGUUCACUUCCAUUCCUGAUUUUUGGAGCAUGGAUCAUUUGUUUCCCAUUUUCCCAAUUCUUCGUUUGGAUGGGAAACCAACUGUGAGGGGUAUUUUAUCUAACUUAACUUGUGACAGUGAUGGGAAGAUUGACAAGUUUAUCAGUGGUGAGUCAAGCUUCCCGCUUCAUGAAUUGGAAGGACUUGGCAUAGGAUACUAUCUGGGAAUGUUCUUAGGCAGGGCGUACGAGGAGGCACUUGGUGGGUUGCACAACCUGUUUGGUGGCCCUAGUGUAGUUAAGUUGUUACAGAGCGAUAGUCCGCAGGCAGUUGCUGGACCGUCUUAUGCAAAUGUUGUUCGAGUAAUGCAUCACGAGCUGCAACUCAUGUUUAAUGUUGCUGAUAAAUGGAUGCUCAAUGAGGGUCUUCCUAUUUCCUUUCGUGAACAAGUCGUGCAGUUCAUAUGCCAAAAUAGUGGACAAAAGGAUAUUACUUUUGAUGCUUCAUUUUGUGAUCCAUACACCGACUACAUUGCUUACGUACCAGGUACACAUUCACGCACAUCUAAUAUCUCUGCGAAGCCUACAUUCAAGCAUAUUCCUAAGAAAGGGAUGCUUGUUUUAGAUAUUGCUCAGUUUGACGGGAUCCCUAAAAAGGUUGUCGAGUUCAAUAAUGCUUUAUUAUCUGACCAGGAAAAGCAGAAGUUAUCUUUGGCUGAGUUGGACGUUUACAGACUGGAUGACAUUGUUAAAACACUGAAAGAUACUUCACAUUACCAUGCUAGUAAAUUUCCUGUGAGUGAUAUCGUAAGGAUGUUAGUUGAUCACCUAGAAGGGGUUGUUGCACUUCACAAGCAUCUUGAAUUUCUUCAAACUCUUUCUGUUUUCUACUACCGUUAUAUUUACAUUCUUAAGGUUUUUCUCUUCCUUGUGUGGGAUCCAGGAAAGAGUAAUGUAGCCACAACAAUUAUGCAGUUUAAGUGUUAUUUUACAACCUUGAGGACAAGGUUGUUUUGAAGGGGUUGGCAAUGAUAGAAGAGUAUUUUAGAAUUUAUAUUAAUAGUUAUUAGUAUAUUGUUAUUGGAUUCUAGUAGU